UUAGUCAUUGUUUAAAUAGAAUAGUGAGAGGAAGAUUUAAAUAUAUUUAGUAAUAUAAUGAUACGAAAUAAAGAUAAAAAUGGAUUAUCGAAAAAGCACUUUUCAAGUUUGGCUGAUGACGAUUAUGUUAGAAUUAAAGUAGUAGGUGUUAUAAAUACUGUUGCUUUUCAAAAGGCUCGAAUAUGGGCUGAAAAGUUACAUCAACAUUUACCAUAUAAAUUUAUAAGGCCACAAAUUAUAGAAAUGUUUCAAUUGAAUUGGGUUGAAUACAUUCAAAAACGAAAAAGGCAAAUUGGAGGUAAAAUAUGGUCGUUAAAGCAACCUGUAGCAGUCUUUAUAAAUGAUAAAUUUAUCGGUUGUGAUGUGAACCUUUUGCAUUAUAUAAGUGAGUUUUAUACUUUUUGUUUACCUAUUGGCAUAGGGUAUUAUGAAUCUCUUGCAGCAGAACGGUAUAAACAAUUUAUGGAAAAAUCCAAAAGAAAAUAUGUUUACUUUACAUUCACUGUAGAUGGUUGUACCAUUGGGUCAUUUAUAUUUAUGUUGUAUUCUGAUUUAUUACCAUUAACUUGCCAACAUUUUUUAAAUCUUUGUACUGGAUAUGAUGAUGUAACAAAAUGUUACAAUAAUUCUUACUAUAUAAAUACAUGUGUACAUCGCAUAGUAAAAAAUGGAUGGCUUCAAUGCGGCGGUAAAAUCUUAUUCGUCACAGGUAUUGCAUUACCCAAAAUAAACGAGGAAUCUGUAAGUAAUAUUACAAUACCUGAUGAAUCGUAUUGCAUUCCCCAUGACCGUCGUGGAGUCCUUUCAUUAGCAAAUAGUGGAAAACAUUGCAACGAAUCUCAGUUUAUUGUAUGCUUAAAACCUAAUCCUUGGAUGAAUUAUUUCUAUGUUGCUUUUGGUCAACUCGUGGACGGUGCAGAAACUUUAAAAAUUUUAGAGAAUAUGUCAACGUACUACGAACAUCCUAUAAAGCAAAUAGUAAUUUCAUGUUGCGGAGACUAUCUCUUUGUGGAUGAACCUAUAAUGGAGACAGAAUCAAAAGUUAUCUGUAAAUGUCGAUCAUCAAUAAGUGUUGACAGAGAAGAUAUGAAACUUAGUGAUAUUGCCUUUAAUUUUUAUUCUAACACAUCAUGGCUUGAUGAUAUUGUGGAUAGAAAUGUUUGUGACACAGCGUCGAUUUUAACGGCAGAACGAUAUUUGAAUGAUCUUUGUUGUCUUUCAAUUAAUUAUUUACCAGGUGCGGAUAUGUGUCUGUGUGAAGAGACUCGCCUAAUUUCUAAAAAAAACUAUGAUAUCACGAGUACAGACAUGCUUCGUGAAUUACUGUUAAAAUUUCAGCCUGAUUUAAUGACAGAGAAAGAAAAAUUAAUGUUUAUUGUAGAAAUUUCUAAAAUUAUUUUAGCUUAUAUCUUUUGUUAUAAAGAUUAUAAAUUUUGUUCGAAACAUAUCUCGAUUGAUACUUGUGAAAUUAUACAUACAAUAUUUGAAAUUGCACACAAAAUAGCGUCGAAAACUGUUGCAAAGACUGAAAUUUCACAUAAAUGUGGAGAUUUACAAACUGCUAAUAUAUUUGAAGCAAAGCAAGUCGAUUCUGAUAUACGUGUUUCGAAAAUUUGUACACCAUUAUUACAAGAUAUAUUAAAUGCAGCCAUAUUAUAUUUUAUGAAAACUUUUGAUAUAAAUCAAUAA